AUGGCACCAGCACUCGUCGAUUACGCCGCCGCUGAAAAAGAAUUGUACGAGUUUGAUGACCUCAAAAUCGGUGUCAAAGGCCUCGUGGAUGCUGGGGUGACCCACAUUCCCAGGUUCUUCAUCCACCCACCUGAGUGUCGUGCAAACAACUCAUCAACUCCGCAGAAAAACGGCCCUGAUGGAGUUGAAAUCCCCGUCAUCGAUCUCGAAGGGUUUAACGAGAACGAUGAGCGGCGAGUAAAGAUGGUCAAUGCCAUGAGAUAUGCAUGCGCUACGUGGGGUUUCUUUCAGAUAGUUAACCAUGGAGUUCCAGUUGCUGUAAUGGAGGAGAUGGUGGAAAGUAUAAGAAGGUUCCAUGAGCAGCCCCAGGAGGCCAAGAUGGAGUGGUACUCACGUGACUUUAGUCGCACGGUGAAUUAUUAUAGCAGUGGAGAUAUCAAAGGGCGUGCACAACCAGUACCAGCUGAAUGGAAGGACACUUUGUCCUGCAGAGCUGCAGAUGAUCAGUGGAAUUUUGAUGCACUUCCUGAAUUGUGCAGGCACGAAAUGAAGGAGUAUAUGAAAAACGUGAUCGAUCUGCAGGAAAAGCUAUCUGAAUUAAUGUCAGAAGCGUUGGGGCUCAGUAAAGAUCACCUAUCGAGCACGGGGUACUUGAAGUCUAUCAAGUUAUCGGGUCACUAUUACCCAGCUUGCCCUGAGCCCGAUUUGACUCUAGGCACAAUCAAACACUCGGACCCCUCCCUUCUCACCUUGGUCCUACAAGACAAGAGCAAUGGCCUCCAAGUUCUCCAUAAUGAUCAAUGGGUUGAUGUGCCCAAGGUGGACGGAGCUUUUGUGGCGAACAUCGGUGACUUUAUGCAGUUGCUUAGCAAUGACAAGUUCAUGAGUGUGGAGCACAGAGUACUGGCUACCCCGCUUGGCAGGCCAAGAAUAUCAGCUGUAUCUUUUUUCCUUCCUUGUGCUAAGGAUAGAAUUAAGCCAUGUGGACCAAUCAAGGAGCUUCUCUCUGAUAACAGUCCCCCCAUAUACAGGAUUACAUCUUAUGAAGAGUUUAUGAGGCAUUACAGAGUUGUUGGGCAAAUUGGCGGCCGUGCCCUGCCUCACUUUAAACUGUAGCUAGUGAUGACUCAAUGAAGAUGGUAUUUUCAUGUGUUUGUGCUCAGUACAUGAAUGGGAAUGUACCCUAAAAUAAUCAUAGCUCUUCAAGUUUAUGUUCAAAAGUACUCUUUUUGUAAUUGUAAUAAUAAUA